AUUAUUUUGUGCCAGGCCCGGGGUACUACUUAAUAGUUGACAUUGCCGUGGCUCGAGACACGUUGCUUCGAGGAUCAAUACCACCCAGUGGCUUUGGCGGUCAUGUCGAAGCCUAUUUCGUUUGGUUUCGGCAAGCAAAAGCCCUCGCCUUCUUUUUCAUCUUCAGGCCUAGCCUCGCGCAAGACACCAACCCCGAGAGGGCCCCCCAAAACCGCACUUCGCAACGAUUCAGACAACGAAGAUGAGGACGAGCCUAGGCACGAGUCAGUCACUGGCUUCACGUCAAGUGGUGCUAUUCUAAGCGAAUCUGUGCAGGAAACAACACAAUUAGUUAUAAAGAAUCCCGGCAAUAGCGACUGGCGACGACGUGGGCGCAAGAACUUACUCCCAGCCGAAGUUCAAGCCCAACAACAAGGCGGCGGACCGGUUACGGUGGAAAGGGAUGAGGUCAGCAAAGAGAGUGGUCUGCAACUUGCAGACAAGACCGAGCAGGCAGCAGAGCCAAAUGGUGAUGACGCGAAGCGGGACACAACCGUGCAGGCAGACACAGAACCUGCCCCCAAACAGUUGACUGCGGACGAGGAGGCAUUACAAGCCUUACUUGACAACGGCACCGGGAAACCAAAGUCAAACGCUGUUAUUGUUCAACAAGGCAACACGCAGCUGUCAAUACGGGACGAGAUCGAGGACUUCAGAGAUGACGUUGCAGCCAGGCCUGACCCGUGCACCCUUGAGGAGUAUGCUGCAAUGCCAGUUGAAGAAUUUGGCCUGGCCAUGUUGAGAGGGAUGGGCCAGAAAAGACGUGCCAAUGGCGAGAUCAUCAACCUGGAUUCGAAACCGGAGGACAAUCCCCGAAAACUCCGGAAGCAGGAAGGUUUCCUUGGGAUUGGAGCAAAAGCCGCUCCAGGUACAGAUGUCGAACUUGGCGCCUGGGGUAAGGCAGACAUGCGCAAGAACGCCAAAGGACAGGGGUUCUUCACUCCAUUAAUGCGGGUGAACAAGGUUACUGGGGAACGCAUCUCAGAGGAAGAGUUACAGAAAAGGAUCAAAGAGUCAAAAAAUGUCAAAGAGGACGAUAAUUGGAAAAGAACGAGAGACCACGAUUCGGAUAGCAACCAGAACGGGCAUCGAGACUCCCGGGGCCAUCGUGCCGGUGACGACUAUCGCGAUCAAAUGAACUCAUUCUCGCGGCCCAGCUCAUCAAAACGAGAUCGCGACGACCGGGACUACUCUCAUUCGAAAGGAGAUAGGGAGGAUCGUGACUACGAGAGUUCAAACUCCAGGAGAAGGGACGAGAGGUCUCGAGAUGGAAGAAGCCGAGACCCUGGUGACUAUGACCGUGGCCACCGAGACAAGCAUCGAGACCGUCGUCGAGACGACGACAGGUACGAUUCAAAGUCAUCUAGUCGCACGCACAGAGACCGUGAUAGGGACCGUGAUAGGGAGAGGGACCGUGAUCGAGACACCGGCGGCGAACACCGCUACCGUGAGAGACGAUAAACAAUGACGAGACUGUUCAAGAUUCUCAUUCACCGUGCCCGGCAAGUACAAUUACACCAUUACAAUAUCUUCGCUACCGGCUGUUCCGUUGUCGAUGGCCAAAAGUCCAUCGCUGCCCACCGCGAUGCCAGCAACCUCAUCCAUUUCCCUGAGGGUGUAGUCGACUAAGUAACUCUCGUCGACUAGUUCCUCCAUGCGCUUGUAAUGUCGGUCGGUGUAAACUUCUAGCGCACGAAGCAACUCCUUCAUACCCCUGCCUUUUGCGCUAAGUUUCCGGUCUUUGGCCAUGUCCACAAACAGGCUCGCCGGGUAGCUCUUAAAGAGACAGUUUAGAACUCUCUGAGCAACGGUUGCGGUGCGAGCGUUCGUGUUCCAGUCACGCACGCGCUCGAGGAGGGUGAAGACCUGCUGUUGAUCAAGCGUCGCAAGAACGUCAUCCACAGCGGUCAGCCCCAUGAUGCUGGAGCUAUCUUUCUCGGCCUCAGGCAGAUUCAGCACGUCCUCGAAAACGCGAAGUAGACGGCCUGGGUGAUUCAAGGCCAGAGACAAGGUGAUCGCUUCACGGUAGUUCUUUGAGAAAAUGUGAUUCUGGAGCUGUUGGUCUUGUUCAAUGCGCUCGGUGGCCCGUUUCGAGGCCAAUGUUGCCGUCUGCACAGUCGUAUCGCGCCAGAACGUCAAAGUAGCGUCUGCACCGCCGGAAAUCAAGGGGUAUGGAUAUGUGGGAUGGCGAGAUUUUGGGUCCCUGUGGGCAGAGUCCGGCGCGGCCAAGGCCCAUACUCGGUCAGUGUGGUUAUCGAGCGUGGUUAGGAGGUGGUCGGAGUCUGUGGCGGAGUAAGGAGACCACAGCUUAACAAGAGUGUCGGACGAUGCGGAUGCUAUCAUUGGUUGGUUCGACCGAGCCUGACGCGAAUCCGACGACUCUUCAGAAUUGGGACUCGUAGAGGGUGGCGGGAUCCAGAUGACUUUCAGCACGGAAUUGCUGUGUCCCUCAAAGGUCUGGAGGCAGGUAUAUGUCGACAGAGACCAUACUUUGACCGUGCGAUCACUCGAACCACUGAUGAGUAUGGGCCUUGACCCGCUUGAUCCUCCGUCCGGCAGGCUGAGGGGAGGAGUUCCUGCCGGAGAGAAUCGGAUUGACCAAACGCCUCGCUUAUGGCCUCGCAAGAUUCCUGUCACGGACCCGUCUUCGAGAGACCAGAUCUUGAUUGUGCGAUCCUGGGAGGCGGAAGCAAAUAGCGGGGCCGUGGGAGAGACAUCCAAGGCAUUGAUAUCCUUCUCAUGCGCCACCCUUGUGAACAAGGCUUUGGCGGCAGCUUGAGGCUCUGUGAGCUUUGGAUCGUACUUCAUUUUCGACGUAUCCCAGCGUUUGAUGGUUUUGUCUUGUGACCCGGUAAGCAGGAAUGCCGGCGGAUGCCUCGCGGGAUCGCUGGCGGCCGUUCCGCUCGCCGGUGGACUUCUCGGAAGCGCAAUAGCACCAAGAGAUUCUGCGUGUCCUGCAAACAUAGCAAAACAAGUAUACGAUGAAGUUGAAGGAUCGAGCCUCCAAAGUCUCGCAGUGUUGUCUUUCGCCCCCGUGGCCAACCAAUGCCCAGACCAGUCGACAUCUAAGCAAAUGAUGAUAUCUUGAUGCCCUUCGAGCUGGGUCACGUCGCUUCCAAAAGACCCAUCGUCAUUUUCUGCGAUAGAGAUUAAUUUAACACUCUCUGUAUUUGUCGCCAGGGCAAGCAGCCUCCUAUCCGGCCCAACGCAAGCCAUAUCGAUAACCUCGUCCAGAGUUCCAGAGAUCGUCCGAAGUAAGGGCAAGACGUCUAACGUAUCUUUAGGCUGAAGGCUCCACAGAGAAGAUAUACUCCGCAAUCUCAUCGUCUGAUCCUGAUGUAUGGAAAGAAGGGCAUCCUCCUUAGUGACGGGAAUAAUGGCUGUGAUCGAAUCGUUUUCCAGCCCUGGUUUCUGCUUGGCGGUGACUUCUCGACCGGUAGUCGCGUCCCAUAUUCUGACUGCGCCAUGUUCGCCUCCACCAUAGCAGAAACGUCCACCAGAAAGGAACCCUGAGUCCUCCAAAACUUCCAGCGCAGGAAUGACUCUCUGCUGUGUCCAAGUCUGCGCGUCCCAGAGGAUUAUAGUCCUGUCUCGGCUGGCUGACAAGAACUGAUGCUGCUCUUCAGAGUAGUCCAGGCUCCGAACUACGCUGACAUGCGAGUCGAGAAUUGCAGCAGGUUUCCUUGUUGCUAGGUUCCAUAUGCGAAUCUUUCCGUCCUCGCCGCCCGAAGCAAGGUAGAUAGACCUAGUAGGAGCACUAUCGUCGAUCACCUUUUGACUCAGAUCGCGACUCUUCCGUUUCCGGCUUUUUGAAUUAGAGGUCUCAAGAGAAUUUGACUCAAAGAACUUCAGAGCAGAAACAACACCACCGUGCCCAUGGAACGUGUGGGAGGCAUAACCGCCUCUAAUGUCCCACACUUUGACGGUGCCGUCCGCUCCUCCAGUUGCCAGCAGCGAGCCGCUUGCGUCGAUGGUGGAAGAGACAACAGGAGUAUCAUGUGGUUUAACUGUCCGAGACAGGCUUGCCGAAAGAGUCUGGGAAUCUUCCGAGGGCUUGAGGGCAUAUAUUCGGAGAAAGAGCGAUCGAGAACAAACAACUAGAUAAGAGCCGUUAGGAGCCAGCGACAAGCUCGUCACAGCCUCGCCAUCCCCUUCAAUACGACAUGUAACCCUGCUUGUCUUGAUGUCAACAAGCAAGACUCCGUCCUCGACACACGUCGCUAGGGUCGAGCCAUCGGAUGUGUG